CUUUUGCCGCCCGCCGCCAGGUCCAGCGGUUCCGCGGCGCUGCCAGGGAGCGAGCCUCUCGUCCUCACCCGGAGUCCCAGAUGGCUUCAGUGACUGAUGGUAAAGCCGGAGUCAAAGAUGCUUCUGACCAGAAUUUUGACUACAUGUUCAAACUGCUCAUCAUCGGCAACAGCAGUGUUGGCAAAACAUCCUUCCUCUUUCGCUAUGCUGACGACACCUUCACCCCAGCCUUCGUCAGCACCGUGGGUAUUGACUUUAAGGUGAAGACAGUCUACCGCCACGAGAAGCGAGUGAAGCUGCAGAUUUGGGACACGGCUGGUCAGGAGCGGUACCGGACCAUCACCACAGCCUAUUACCGUGGAGCCAUGGGCUUCAUCCUGAUGUAUGAUGUCACCAAUGAGGAAUCCUUCAAUGCUGUCCAAGACUGGGCUACUCAGAUCAAGACCUACUCCUGGGACAAUGCGCAGGUCAUCCUGGUGGGGAACAAGUGUGACAUGGAGGAAGAGAGGGUUGUUCCCACCGAGAAGGGCCGGCUCCUCGCAGAGCAGCUUGGGUUUGACUUCUUUGAAGCCAGCGCCAAGGAGAACAUCAGCGUGAGGCAGGCCUUCGAGUGUCUGGUGGAUGCCAUUUGCGACAAGAUGUCUGAUACGCUGGACACAGACCCCUCCUUGCUGGGCACCUCCAAGAACACCCGUCUCUCGGACACCCCGCCACUGCUGCAGCAGAGCUGCUCAUGCUAGGCAAGGCCCACUGUCCUGAUCUCCCUUCAUUGUGGCACCACACCCACUCUGCUUCCCUGUUAUACUCUGUCUCCCCUCAGCUGAUUUGCUGCUGUUCCUUGCCUGCAGUGAAGGUGGAAGCAUGCCCCAGGGGUUCUCUAUGGAUGGCCCCACUCACAGAGACUCAGCACUAGACUAACUAGGUCACAAUGUGGGCAGAGGUUCAUUUUACAAAAGGAGAAUCCACUUUAUGAAGGGGAUUCACUACAGGGACUUGGAAAAGCGAGUCUCUUUUCUGCCUUUAAAAUAAGAUUUUCUCCCUUGACCAAAAUUUGACACACCCACACACACUUUUCAGGGCCUGGCCAACUGUGUAAAGUGAGACACACCUACAUAGCUAAUCCUUUUGAAAAAGACCUCUCCAUACACAACCUGCUUGUUUCAUAUCGGGCUCCCUGUGGGGCUUCCUCUCACCACUGGACAAGCCUUGUUUCUCAAAGCCUUAGCCUGCUACCACGGAUGCCCACAGGGCCUGGGCAGUUGCUGUGGUGACAGGCCAGAGCUAAUCUCCAGAGAGCUCAGCCUCUCUAAAUGAUGCUGAAGGAGCAAAGGCUGAGUCAGAAACACACUUAAAAAGAAAAAGAUUAUCCCCUGCAAAAUGUCAAAGGUUCCUGCUAUAUGAAAGAGCAAGUGCAUGAGCUCAAGAAAGAGAAACAGAGAAACAGAGGCAAGAUAAAGAAACAGGUCACGAAUUUCUGAUUUUGCUGCUUUCCAGCAGGUUCGAACGCCAUGACAUUGGUCAUUGGUUCUUAGACUCCCAGAAUCUGAAAAAUUUAUAGUUGGUGGAAUCCCCAAUUUUACCAAGUCUCACUAGUCAAUUCCAAUCUUCAUGUCUCUGACCAUUGGCUGUCAAGCCUCACAGCCAAAUCUCUUCUAAAGCAUACCUUCUAGGCAAGGAUGGGAUCUCAGUUUCCACACCACCUUUGGGCAUCUCUCAUAAUCAGAAAGUUUUCCUUGCUUUAAGCUGAAAUCUGCCUCCUGGAAAUUCUUCCUCUUCCCACUCCAUUUGUACCAGCUCUGCUGUCAGAGACUUCACAGUCUCUGCCCCCUCUGCCCUGUGACACCCGUAGAUGAUUUGAGAACAGAAAUCAUGACCCCUGGAAUCUGCCCUUUCUCUGAAUCAAAUAGUUCUAAUCCCAUCUGCCAUUCUUCUUUGGGUCUUCUCCCCAUCCUGCCCUUUCCUCCAACCCAUGUUUCAAUCACUCUUGACUAGUCCAACUGGGAAAUGUGAUUCAAAGCAGAAUAGAUCUAAGGGGGUAUGAUGGUGAAAAAAUUGGGAAAAGUGAACUCAGAGGUCCCAAUCCUAACCUCAUUCUACUGAGGGUGAAAGCUUAGUUUCUACUGAAGAGCAGAUGUGAAACUACUUCUGGUGGAGGCCACUUAAUUAAACACCCAAAGAAAACAAAAAACA